AUGAACGCAGACGCGUGGCCGAGAGGCUUCCAAUAUGAGCAACGCCCUGCGUUUUCCCCCCCCUCUAUACGACGCCGGGCCGCGCCACACAUGCGGACGGACCGCGUCGUUAAAACGGACCCAAACAAUGCCGCGCUCACAUCUGGGAGCGGCGAGUACGGCGUGACGUCACCCCACGGCCCGCCGGCGACUCUGCACCAAUGGAAACAGAUAAAACGCGACGUUGGAGCC